AACCACGAUACAUACCCGAUGAGACUGUCCUAUCAUCGUGUGAGAAUGGUCACCCUAGUCAGAGCGUGCUUGUAAGUUUUGUAACAGUGAAAGUCGCAACUCGCAGCCUCACUGCAGCCGGCCAGCGAGCGACAGAACGGAACUGACACACGAGAUGGGCGCAUCCCAGAGCGACACAAACCUGAGCAAGGCUGACUUGGUGGCCAGGAUCAAGGCCCGGCUCGACAGCGUAGACCAGGCCAAGGCCAAGGAGUUGGGGGGCGUGUUCCUCUUCCACAUCAUGAAGGGAGUUUCAGUGUAUUCUUGGACUCUAGAUCUAAACAAAGUGACAGUGUACGAAGGCGAGCCGGACGAGGACCCGGACACCACGUUCACUCUCAACGAGUUCAACUUCAAGCAGCUGGUCUGCGGCCGCGAAGACGCUCGCGUCAUCAUGCAGGCCGGUCGCUGCUCCGUCACCGGUGAUAUCAUGCGGGCGAUGAAACUUGAACCCUAUAUCAAGCUACAUUAGGUUCAACUUCUUAAAUUCUUCCAUGACAUUCAUUCCUUUCAUACUUGUGUCAGGAUUCUUGACAAUUUCACGUAAGUAAUAGGUACGGAUAAUGAAACUUUAACUCUAUAGUAAGCUGCAUUAGAUUCAGCUUCUUAUAUUCUUCCAUGACAGGUAUUACUUUCGUACUUGUGUUAGGAUUUUUGACAAUUUGACGUAAGUAAUAGGUACGGAUAAUGAAAUUUGAACUCUAUAGCAAGCUGAAUUAGAUUCAGCUUCUUAUAUUCUUCCAUGACAUUUAUUACUUUCGUACUUGUGUCAGGACUAUUGGCAAUUUGACAUCAUAGGUACGGACAAUUAAACUUGAACCAUAUAUCAAGCUGUAUUAGGUUCAACUUCUUACAUUCAUCCAGUACAUUUAUUACUGUUCAUAUCUGUGUCAGGAUUCUUGACAGUUUGACGAAAGUAAUAGGUAUGGCUAAUGAAACUUGAACUCUAUAGCUAACUGCAUUAGAUUCAACUUCUUAUAUAUUUCCAUGACAUUUAUUACUUUCAUAUUUGUGUCAGGAUUCUUGACAAUUUGACGUCAAAGGUACGGACAACAAAACUUGAGCCCCAUAUCCACUACAUAAGUUUUAUUUUAUGUUUCCUCUUAUGUCUAUAUUUCAAGACCCCUAAUUACAAACUGGCAUUACGUGUGAAUGUCUUAUUAAUUAACUUUCUUUUAGAACAUUAGAACCGCCUAUUUAAUACAUUAUGUUUCUUGCUUUGUAACAUGCUCUUAAAUUAUACUUAGUUUAAUGUAUAACAAUUUUUAAUCUUAAUUACUCUUGAGUUCGUUAAAAUUCAUUGUUGAAUCAUCAGGUUGUAGAUUCAUCUACUUGUGUUAAAAUGUAGAUUUUUAUAUUUAAUUAAGAUUUAUUUUUAGAUUUAAUGUUUACUUUAAUUUUAUAUUAGAUUAGUUAAAGUUAUUUUACUACAUAUUUACGUAUUCUAAAUGUGCUUGCUGUGUUAUAAGUUAGAGGCGCCUGGUAUGACGUAAUACCUAUUUUUUCGUGACUGUAGGAACUAUUUUCUUUUAUUAAAGUACAAAUAAAAUACUGUGUGACAGCUAAAAUAAUAAAAAAUAAAUUACAACCGAAACAAACAUAAAAUUAAAACCAACCAACUAAAUUAGAAAGCAAAAAAAAAUAACAUCAUGUUACGUUACCUGCUGAUCACUUGAAGGCGGUGCUAACCCACUGAUGUACCUCCUCACGCGUCACGGCACGUCCCGUUGCGCUCUUGUUGUUUUCUUCCCGUCGGGCGCGACGGCGACGCGACACGACGCGAUACGACGCGAUAUCUAUAGCUCUGUGUAACGUGUUAUAUUUCAACUAGUACCACGGAAUAUUAAAUAUAAUACAGGUUACAUUGCAACUUUUUUUUUUCCUUCUUAUCUCCUCCUUUCCUUCCUGGUACCGCAGUUUACGUGCAUUACUUCAGGAAGGGGGUGGUCUAUCACGCUUCGAUAUUUGCUUUCAAUAGUACAUUGCAACUGCUGACAUCACACCAGUCACGCGUCGCCGUCCGUUCCGUCCAUUGUCUCUCAAAACAUUUGGUUAUUUAGGAUAUUGUGUUAUGAUGUGUAUCCAAUGAAAAUUCAGGAUAUUUCAGUUAUUAUACUUUAUUGCCUACACUACUACGAGUACUUACUACUUUUCAUGUUAUAAUAAUAUUUAUUUCUCUCUAAUUACAAUUGUAUAUUACUUUUAAGUAGAUGCAUAGGUACCUAGUAGAAAAAAUCAUUAAAAUACAAAAAAACGUUUUUUAUUCUUCAA